AUGGGCCCGCUGCCCACGCUGCUCCCCGUGGCCCCGCGGAAGCGCUCGGGGGAUGGCGCGGUUGUUAGGUUCUCGGAGGGCUGCGAGGACCUCCAAGGGAGGCGGCACGACCAUGGCUGCCAGCCAGCGCUCAAGAAGUCCACCACGGCGCGCGGCGAGUUGCUGGAGAUGAUGGACAGCAGUGUCAAGUCAAGCAAGAAGUUCCCCCAGCUGGAGGCUGGCCAGACCGGAGGCGUGUACACGGUGCCGGACACCAAGUCGCAGUGUGGGAGCCCUCUCGCCGUAUUCAAGUCGGGGGCCGAGGAGGGGUUCCAGCGCCGCGGGAUACCGCCCGGCGGAGGCGCCCUGCGCGAGGAGGCGGCCUACGUGCUCGACCGCCUCUCGGGCUCCCCCGCCGGGGUGCCCGUGACCGCGCGCGCGGAGGUGCCGGGGUGCGUGCUUGAUGGUUCGCCGGCGACCCCCGAGAGCAGCGGCAGCGACUUUGCCCGCGGCAUCAGCUCGGGUUCCGUCCAGGAGUUUGUGCGCGACGUGGCUGGCGCCUCGGAGGACUUCGGGAUGCCGCGAGACCUCGCCGGGGCGGCCGGCGUGGUGUCCGUCCUCGCGGUCCAGGAAAUCGCCAGCCUCGACCUCCGACUGUGCAACACUGAUCGGCACGCGGGCAAUUUGCUCUUCAAGCGCCAGCCACCCAGCAGCGCGGGCGGGGCCUUCCGGCCGGUGCCCAUCGACCACGGCUGCGCGCUGCCGCGCUGGUGGGCCGUGGGGGAGGCCAGCUUCGAGGCGUGGGCGGGCUGGCCGCAGGUGAACGCGCCCUGCCUGCCCGAGGUGCUCGCCACGGUGGAGGCGGCCUACCGGGGCCGCGGCGAGGCGCUGGCGGCGCUCGCCGGCAUUGGGCUCGAGCCGGCGGCCCGGGCGACCUACGCCAUCGCCCUGGCGCUGCUGCGCGAGGGCACCGUGCGCCACGGCCUCAGCCUCGGGGCAGUGGCGCGCCUCCUCGGGCGGGACCCCUGCGACCCGGGCGAGCCCUCGUGGCUGGAGCGGCGCAUGGAGGAGUGCGCGCUGGAGCUCGGCGCGGGCUGGCGCUGGGCCCGCACCGCGCGGGGGGACCUCACCAGACCUGGUGCCCGAGGCGCCCGAGAACCCCGCGGCAUGGCCGCCGGCAGGCCUCGUGGAGCGGCUGGAGGGCGCCUUCCGCUCGGACCUGCUGCGGGCCGCGGGGAGGCGCGCCGGCGCGCCGGGAGCCUUGAGCGCCUUGCGCGCUGGGCGGGGCCCGUCGCUGGAGGCGCAAGACAGGGCGAUGUGAGCACAGAUCUUGGGGGCUCCGCGCGGGCGCCUCGGGACGCCGCCGGGCCUCCCGCUUCCCUCGGGGCGCGCGGAGUGCGCCAAGGGGUCCCUGGGUGA